AUGACUGAUUCAAUAAUUUGUCGUGUUUGCUUGGAAAAUUGUGAGAAAACAUCUCCAAUAUUUGAUGAAAGUAAGAAUGGACUGUCACUCGCUAUGAUGCUGAUGGAAAUUGGAGGGGUCGAGGUAUCCAUCCACGACAGCCUUUCAAAAAAUAUAUGUGAAGGAUGUUCAAAAGAAAUGAUGAUAGGACAUGGACUAAGAAUGCGAUUUUUAAACUCAAAUCAACAUUUAAAGAGAGGGACGUCAAAGUUAACAAAAGAUUUGCAAAGAAAUGUGAUUCCAGUCGUGAAAUUAUCAAGGAUUGAUCAAAUCAAACUAAUGAUCAAAGAAGAGGUUACAGAUUAUAAUUUGAUAACAUUUGUAGAACCCGAAAAAGGACUAUUCAUCGAUGAAAAUGAUUACGUUAAAACUGAAUUGGAGGAAUCAAAAGAAGUGAACAUUUUAGAUAAAAACAUUUCUGAAAAUACUUCAUCUAAUUUAUUAAAGGUAGUUAUAAAAAGGAACAACAAAUUUGUGUGUAUGAUUUGUGACUCUUGUCACAAUUCUUGGAAUCUUUGGCAUAAACACUACUCAAAAUCGCAUAGCGAAAUGCCAAACGUCUGCAAAGUAUGUCAAGCUUCUUAUAAAGAUAAGUCUGAACUUAAUCAGCAUUAUAAAAGUAGACACAUGAUUGGAGAUACAUUUAUUUGCUCUAUUUGUAAUUUGAGGUUUCAAAGAAAAUCGGAAUUGUUUGAACAUCAAGAGAAGCAUGUCGAUGACAAUAAUUCACUUGGAAAUUCUAAUAAUGAAACAGGAUUUGAAUGUGUCAAACAUGAAACAGAUGUGACAGAGAAUAAUUUAAUUAAAAAUUCUCCUAAAUAUGACGAUAUUGAAUUGAAAGAGAAUUUUGAUGAUUCUCGAUCAAAUAUUUCUGAUCACGAAGAUUCAAAUUGGAUCUCAGAUACAAGCAACGAUAUUAAGACUGAAGAGAAGAAAAAUGUAUUGAAGAAACGUGACGAUGGCCCUUUGAUAUGUUACAUUUGCUUUAAAUAUUUCAAUUCAUAUUUUACAAAAAAGUCUCAUUUAGAAAAAUCUCAUCAGGAGUGUACAAAAUGUCAAAUCUGUCCUCAAAUCAAAUUCAAAGAUGUUUGUCAUUAUGAAAAUCAUAUGAGGAUUCACGCAGAGGGAGAUUCAAAAAAUGCAACAAAAUCAUGUGAUUUAUGUAAAUAUUCUUCUAAAGAGAAAUAUUGUCUUAUGAAACACAUGAAAGCUGUUCAUUUGAAGAUUAAAUCUUAUAAAUGUGAACAAUGCGAUGCAUCAUUUCGUUAUGAAUCAGAUUAUAAACAACACAAGUUUGGACUUCACAAAGCUCUUCCAGCAAGAUUCACUUGCGAUAAAUGCGACCAAGGUUUCAUAUUUAAAUCCAAAUAUAGCAGACAUUUAGAGAAAUGUCAUAAAAACCCUUCCGUUGUUAAUAAACUUAACUUCCCUGAACCAAAAAAGACUGACGAAGGAGGUUUCAUUUGUUCAGUUUGUGGAAAAGGAUUUCACAAUGACACUGCUCAACGAAAUAGAAGAAAGUGGUACUAUCACUAUCGAAAUGCACAUUAUGAAAACUUUAAUCGAUGCAAGAUUUGCAUGAAGAAAUUUAGUGAAAGGGGAAAACUUUAUGAACAUAUGAAAGUUCAUGGCAUUGUGAAUUUUCAUGUUUGUAAAGUUUGUGGAAUAAAAUUCGUGACAGAGAAAAAUCUUACAUUGCAUGUCUCAAAGGUUCAUGAUGGUCCUAGGAAAAGUUUUAACUGCAAUGAAUGUAGUGAAACAUUCGAUAAAAGAAAUGAACUUAUGAAGCAUGUGAGAAAAGAACACAAAGAAGCCAAAGAUAUUGUGGUAGAUGAAAGAAUGGCCAAAGAUAUUUGCUACAUUUGUAAUCAACCAUUCAAGAGUCACAUUUCGAAAAUUAAACAUGUUGAAACUGUCCAUUCUGACUUUGUUCAAAGAGAUUGCAACAUUUGUGAAAAGAAGAGCAUAAUUUCGCCGAAAGCUUACGAGAUUCACAUGAUGGAACACGUUAAAGGAAAGAAUGAAGUUUGUCAACAUUGUGGACAAAGUUUUGCACUUUUUCGUCAACUUCAGUCACACAGUGCACAGAAACAUGCGGAAAGUAAAAUGAUUCAAUGUGAGAUUUGUGGAGAAAACGUUCACAAAUACAAAUUACCAGUUCACUUAAUUAAACAUAAUGCUUCAAAGUUUCAUUGUGAGUUAUGUGACAAAUCAUUUGCAUCAAAAAUGCUCUUAUGGAAUCAUAAAUUUCGUGAGCAUGGCGCAGAUCCGAAAUUAAAUUGUCGCCAUUGUGGAGAAGGUUUCGUUUUAACACGUGCUUGCAAACUACACGAAGAGAAAUGCAAAUCGGGAAUAGUUCCAAAAAGAGGAAGACCAAAGGAUUCAAAAGUUCACGUUUAA